AUGGCAAUCGCUAGUGCCAACGCACUAAGCAGCCAUUCACCUCCCGCCACGGCUGCUCUCAGUUCGGCGCCUGUGUCUACACAGACGCCAGUUCCGACUCAAUACACUUUACCCAACGAAGACAGCGAUUUCUCGUCAAGGGCAGAUGAGAUCAAACUCAAACAACAGGGUAUCAUUUACGGAGAACCACUGAUAGGAGAUACAUCCUUUUUCCCCAAUGGGUCGUUGGGAACCCAGAUCUCAUUGCGCGAUCAGAGCUUGUGGUUGAAGGAUUCGGAACCUGUCGCUCAAUAUGCGAUCAGUGAAAGUGCUGCGGCGCUUGAGGACAUAACCAAGCAUGGUGGCCUCAAGGGCCUUGAGGACUACAAGGUCCUUUACGAUGGUCACUGGUCUAGAUCGGUUCCUGGCGGCAUCGCCAAAGGCCAGUUCAGCAACUUUACCUCAGAUCUUCUGUUUGCUAUGGAGCGACUAUCGACCAAUCCUUACGUCAUUCGCCGUCUGAACUACAAAAAGGACAAAAUCCUGGUCCCGCUUGACGACAAGACAGUCAGGAAGAUCACUGGAACUACUCUCGAGUCAAUUCAUAAGGACGGUCGUCUAUUCUUGGCCGACCACAGUUAUCAGAAAAAAUACGUCGCCCAGCAGGGCCGAUACUCGGCCGCGUGUCAAGCGCUCUUCUACCUUGACAAGCGCUCCGACCACUUUCUUCCCCUAGCCAUCAAGACCAAUGUCGGCGCUGAUCUGACAUACACCCCCUUGGACACAGCCAAUGAGUGGCUGCUGGCCAAAGUCAUGUUCAACGUCAACGACUUUUUCCACGGCCAAGUCUAUCAUCUCCUUAACUCCCAUGACGUCGCUGAGAUAGUCUAUCUAGCUGCCCUUCGCACGCUCAGCAGCCGUCAUCCUGUCCUCAACCUCCUGGAAAGGCUCAUGUACCAGGCUUACGCCAUACGCCCCAUAGGCGACAGAGUACUCUUCAACCCGGGCGGUUUCUUUGAUCAGAAUUUCGCCUUCUCAAAUGCAGCCGUACGCCGAUUUGGUGCAGAGUUUUAUCCGACUGUCGCCGGCCCGUUCCAGAAGAAUUACUUCGAGGAUAACCUCCAAUCACGUGAUCUACUAAAGUCUUCCUUCGGCCCGAAACUUCCUCAUUUCCCCUUUUACGAAGAUGGGAAAAAGAUUAUUGGAGUCAUUCGGAAAUUCAUUGAAAGUUUCGUUGAGGCAACUUACACGUCUGAUCGAAUGAUAGCUAAGGAUUGGGAAUUGCAAGCCUGGAUUGACGAAUCCAACGGUCCUGCAAAGGUCAUCGACUUUCCAUCAGCGCCCCUGAGAAGCAGGAAGCAGCUCAUUGACAUUUUGACCCACAUGGCAUGGCUGACGGGUGUGUCGCACCACGUCCUGAAUCAAGGUGAGCCUGUGACGGCGUCUGGCGUGCUGCCACUUCACCCCCUUUCUCUGUACGCACCUGUUCCUACCAAGAAGGGACGUAUCGAAAGCCUUCUUCCUUGGCUCCCCAACGAGCAAAGGUCAGUUGACCAGAUCACUCUCCUUGCACGAUUCAACAGGCCACAGGUUGUGGAGAAGAAUCAGACUCUACGGUACAUGUUCAACGCCGAAAGUCUUCUCGCCGGAACCAAGAAGGCUGUUUCGUUGGCAAACGACCGGUUUAUGAAAGAGAUGGGUAGUAUUAGUAGGGAGAUCAGCGGGCGACGGUUUGAUGGCGAGGGCUUAAGUCAGGGCAUGCCAUUUAUCUGGACUGGCAUGGACCCUGGAGUCAUUCCAUUUUACUUAAGUGUUUAG